AUGAAUAAGCGGGGAUUUCUUAGAUUACCUCUCCUUUCCUUUCUAAUCGUCGAUCUGGUUACGCCAGGUGAAAUUAUUUCGUAUUUCAGAGAUAAUUCACCUAACGCACGGUUAAAACUUACCGACUUUGGAUUCGCGAAAAGGACUGACGAUUCGGAACCACUUGGCCUUGCCACUGCAUGCUAUACACCAUAUUACUGUGCUCCUGAAGUCUUGGGCGCUGAAAAAUAUGACAAAAUCGGCCGGUCUUGGUCUGUAGGCGUCGUUAUGUACAUAUUAUUAUGUGGAUAUCCCCCGUUCUUUUCUCAAAAUGGACUUCCAAUGUCACCAGGAAUGAAGGCGAAGAUCAAGUCGGGUCAGUACACUUUCCCGUCACCCGAAUGGGAUUGCGUCUCCGAAGCUGCCAAAGAUCUCAUCAAGAAAUUGUUGAAGACGGAUGCAGCAGAGCGAAUAACCAUUAGAACAGACGAUGCAGCACAAAUGGAUUACUCACUUCCGAAAGGUAUUUCCAUAUGUGCCGGACACCCCUCUGUUCACUAG